GCAUUACAGGCCAUAGAUACAGUCGAGUUCGUUUUACCUUUGUGUUUCCGUGAUUUCUGAUAUUUGUAUAGCAAUGCGAGCGGUUCUACUAGCGGCUGGUUAUGGGACAAGAUUGGACCGCGAUUUAAGGAAUGAUGAAAGUGGCCUCUACACUCAUCUUAUUGGUGUCCCAAAGCCUCUGCUCCCGAUUGGCCAGCAUCCACUCCUUAGUCACUGGAUCCACAUCUUUAAGCAGUGCAGUGCAAUAUCAACCAUCGUGGUGGUGGUAAAUGAAUUGCAUAAAGAACUAUAUAAAAAGUGGGCAGCAUCUCUUGGUACCAAAGUGAGUAUUGUCAGUGAUGGUUCUGCUUGCAAUGAUCAGAGAUCAGGGGCUGUUGCAUGUAUGCAGCUUGGUUUACAGGAGAAGAAAGAAGAUACGCUGUUCAUUGCAGGAGAUACGUUGUUAAAGAAAGAAUUUUCUCUUGAUGCUGUAAUUAAAGAUUUUCAGAAACUUCAAACAAACAAUAAAGGUGCUUGCUUAAUACUAAGUGCACCAGUUGCAGAAGAAAAUGUAUCUAAAACUGGGAUAAUAGAAUUAUCAGCCAAAGGAAGGGUGACUAGAUUUGUCGAAAAGCCUCAACCGUCAGAAAUUGCAUCAAGGAUCCAGUCUCCAUGCUUUUACAUCAUCUCAAGAGAGGGUUUGCAACAUCUUGAGAUGUUUCUAAAAGAGAAGAAAGACAAGCCCCUAAUGACACGAGAUGCAACAGGAACCUUUAUAUCCGAGCUUAUUCACCGUUCUCCUGUCUACACCUAUCAUGUUAGUAAACGGUAUGAUGUUGGUAAUCUUCAGUCUUAUAUUGACUGUCAUCAAGACUUUUUAAAAGAAACUAUGAAGAGCAACUGUCGUGUGAAACAGUGAGAUUUUAUAAUGGUAGAAUUCAUCUAAAGUCAGAGUUAAAUAUUGAGUACAAUUAUCCAAUGAUUUAUUUUCUUUUAAUGUGAUUUCUGUUUUUCCCUUUAUUUAUUUUGACUUAGGUAUUGCAAUUCAGUGUCAUUAACUGUGACAUGUAUUAACCUUACUGGGUAUAGUUUAGCUUUUCUUAGUAUAUUAUUCAUAUUUCAUGAUAAAAAUGAAUUUAUUUUUAUAAAUUGUGGACUCACAAAGCUAAAAUUUAGUAUAAGCUUCAAGAGACUGUAUUUUAAAAAACUAAGUGUAUAGUUUACAUAAUCAGACUUUCAGUUACUCAUUAUUUUAUCAGAACAAGUAAUUGUAGUAUAUUAUAUUUUAGUUUUUUGUCAGCAGUUUGAAACAGUUAAAGUUUGAGGAGUAACCUAUUGCUGUUGUCUGUGUAUAAAAUACAUUUCCAAAGUUUCUAUUGGGUUUGCCUUUCAGAGGGACAGUGUAAAUUCAUAACCCUCUGUAUCCAUAUAUAGUUUAUUUCAUAAAUUUUGCCAUGGAAGUUAAGUUUAAAAGUGCCCACUACUAAAAAAAAAAGGUACAUUUUAUUUGAUAUAAGAUAUUGUGAAUUCCCUCCAGUCAUCCUUGCAAGAGUAGUUGUCCCAGUUUUUUUUCUGUUCUAGAGUGCCAGAAUCAAUGAGACAGACUUAUUUUAGUCUUAGAGAAUAAGUUUCCAGCUGAUUGGUCAAAGAUGGCCAUGCUCAGGUAUUGGCCACAACAUGUGUCAAAUUUGGUGUUUCUUUCCUGCUUUUCUUGAUGGUAUAGGACCAUGAUUAUGAACUCAUCAGUAACACCUAAAUGUCUAAAGACCAAAGCAGGAGAAGUAUAUGUCAUUCGUAAAGGGUAACUGAUUAGGAUAUUAGAAAAAAAAAUUGUGCCAGUAUAAUUUAUUUUGCACACAAAACUCAUAUUGAAAAUCCAGGUAACCACUUGCAGUAACCUGUUCAUUUAAAAUACUGUAACUGGUAAACUUCAAGUACACGUGUUAUAAUUCCUGAAUAUCAGAUUUAUCCAAGGUUGCAGAAGGAGGUAGAAUGUUUUAUGAGUGUGGAUUUUUUUAACAAAUCAUUUCAUAUUUUUGACCUGGUUCCUGUAACAUACGAAACUGACAAUCAAUAAUGCUUAAUCUGUCAACAAAAUUGCUAACAAAGAUAUUCUGGUUCAAAGAGCACUCCAGCCAAUAUGCUAAGUGUCUUUUACUUGGACAACAAAUAGAUUACUUACGGAUGGGAUCAUAUACAAAUUGUAUAUAAUCUGAACGUCUAUGGCUAUGUUGAUGAAGUCCAGUUAUUAAUGAAUCUAUGAUCUUGA